CAUGCUCAGUCUGAGCUGGGCUCAUCAUGAAUCAUACUGUGUUGGCUCGGAGGAAAAUCUCGACUAGGUAAGGAGAUAAAAUAAAAUUUGUUUUCUGCCUCUCUCACAGUCCCACCCUUACAGAGUCCUACGGCUAAAUCUUUCGCUCUAGUCUAUACUCUGCUCCAAAAUCUUGAAGGUUGCAUUCAUGGCUUUCUCGUAUACUUGUUUAGGAGGUGCAACACUUAGAACCCUAAAAUUUUCGUCAUGUUCUUCAAUUUUAAGACCUACUUUACCUCUUCUAUCUCCAUCACCCAAAACCCUAACUUUACAUUCUCUUCAUCACUUGACCAAAAAUCAUAGAUACCCUCCUUUUCUUACUAGAGCGGUUUCAGUUCCAGCCGGUCAAACUCUAGACGAGAAAGAAACUGCCAAACCUUAUCAAUGGAAAGCUACAAUUGAUUUCAAAUGGAUUCGUGAUAAUAAAGAUGCAGUUGCUUCCAAUAUUAAGAGUCGAAAUUCGGUUGCUGAUUUGGACCUUGUUCUUGAUUUGUACGAGAGAUCACUCAAUCUUCAAAAGGAAGUUCAACGGCUCCGAGGGGAAAGAAAUGUUGUUGCUAAUAAAAUGAAAGGGAAAUUAGAACCGUCAGAACGCCAGGAACUCAUACAAGAAGGAAAAAUUCUGAAGGAAGGACUUUUGACAUCGGAAGAAGAUCUUCUUAAACUUACAGAGAAGCUUCAGAAGGAAGCACAAUGUAUACCAAAUAUGGCACAUCCAGAUGUUCCUAUAGGAGGAGAAGAUUGUUCCAGACUAAGAAAAACGGUUGGUAGUCCACGCCAGUUUGACUUUCCUGUUAAAGAUCAUGUACAACUUGGGAAAGAGCUAGAUUUGUUUGAUUUUGACGCAGCCUCUGAGGUCAGCGGGUCAAAAUUUUACUAUCUAAAGAAUGAAGCAGUAAUGCUGGAGAUGGGCCUGACAAACUGGGCGAUUGCUGAAACCAUGAAAAGGGGUUUUACACCUCUAACUACCCCAGAGAUUGUACGCUCGUCUCUUGUCGAAAAAUGUGGCUUCCAACCUCGUGGAUCAAAUACGCAGGUUUAUUCCAUUGAGGACAGUGAUCAAUGCCUUAUCGGAACUGCAGAGAUUCCAGUUGGAGGUAUUCAUAUGGAUUCCAUUCUUGCGGAUUCUCAGUUACCCUUAAAAUAUAUUGCCUACUCACAUUGCUUCCGCACUGAGGCUGGUGCUGCUGGUUCUGCCACGAGGGGUCUUUAUCGGGUGCAUCAAUUCAGCAAGGUAGAGAUGUUCAUCUUGUGCCGACCAGAGGACAGUGAUUCCUUUCACCAAGAGCUUAUUGAAAUUGAGGAGGACCUUUUCUCGUCACUUGGGCUUCAUUUCAAGACCUUGGAUAUGGCAACAGGGGACUUGGGCGCACCUGCCUAUCGCAAAUUUGAUGUUGAGGCGUGGAUGCCAGGUCUAGGACGCUAUGGCGAGAUUUCGAGUGCGUCCAACUGUACAGACUAUCAAAGCCGGCGUUUGGGUAUCCGAUUUCGACCUUCAACAGAACAAACCUCAUCAAACUCUAAGAAGGGUAAGGCUAAUGUAGGCACAACCCAAUUUGUACACACACUUAAUGCUACAGCAUGUGCAGUUCCAAGGAUGAUAGUAUGUUUAUUAGAAAAUUUCCAGCAAGAAGAUGGCUCUGUAGUGAUUCCUGAACCACUAAGACCCUUCAUGGGUGGGCUCGACCAAAUCAGACGGAAAGGACAGUGAGGUUGAUUGUUUUAUUAGUUGAAAUCUUAUUCAGGGUACAAUUCUGGCAUCCUCCAAAAGUCGGGAGUGAAAUUCUUUCUAGUCUCACUUUUUUUGAGCUGAGGCUUUGAGUUCGAUCAUUUACCUUUUCUUUAUUUAUUUUACUUUUUCUUCUUUUUGCUCAAAAAAUGAUAAAUUAUACUUUCAUUAAUGGAAAAUGAAAAAUCUAGGAAAAGCAUAGAGGAAAUUUCCAGA